AUUUUCUAUGGCUCCUGUCAAAUCAACGUUAAAUUUUUUUCGUGUAUGAGGUUUUUUGAAAUUAGGAAAAUUCGAAUAUUCUUUGCCUCCACCCAUGGUAGAAAAUCAGGAAUUGGAAAUUAAUUUCUUAUAUUAUUAUUGGACAUAAUAUGAAUAAAAUAUGCGGCCUCUAUUUCUUCCUUACAGCAUUUGUGUGGCAAGGCCAAUGCUUUUCACAAGGGAGCAAUUGGUUUUUCAAUUUCACUACAGUUGAUACAGGUUACAAUUUGUAUAAUUUACCUCAGAGUUUAUACAAAGGAUCCCAAACUUUCGUACAGAUAAUUUGUGAGCCUCCCCACAAUGUAGACACCAGAAUUAGCUUGGAAAUAGCUAUUGUUCCUCUUGCCUGUUGGGACUAUGCUGAUGCAGUCAAACAAGCUCAAGAGCUGAUCAGAUCCAGUCAAUACAGCAACAGUUCCUUGAUCUUCAAAUUGAGCAAGACGUUCAAAUGUGAUGAUCACAUCAUAAUUGACGGAGCUCCUUUGAAUCAGGAUGAAAAAUCCCUACACAAAACUCUUCAUCCAGUAUACACUAUACCACAUGAUGGAUUCUAUAUCAUAUCUUUUCAAGUAGCUUCGAACUCAUCAGGCGCUCAGUUGAAAGUACAUUUAGAAAUGCGAAGCAGUUAUGGGUACCUUUCAGCAGCCGAUUGGCCCUUGUUGCCCUUUUACGGAUUCAUGUGUGUUUUUUAUGUAUUUCUGGGGAUUAUGUGGUUGGUUUUUUCAUUUAUGCAGUGGAGGGAUCUUUUACGUGUGCAAUUUUGGAUUGGUGGUGUAAUUUUGCUUGGGAUGCUUGAAAAAGCAACUUUCUAUGCGGAAUACCAGAGUAUUAAUAAUACGGGAGUACGAGUUCAGGGUGCAAUGCUCUUUGCAGAGUGGGUGUCCUGUGCCAAACGUACCUUAGCAAGAAUGUUAGUCAUUAUUGUCAGUUUGGGCUUCGGAAUAGUAAAACCCAGACUUGGAGCCACCCUUCAUAGAGUUGUAGGUGUAGGUUUGCUGUACUUCUUCCUUGCAUGUUCGGAAGCUUACCUGAGAAUUGUACAUCCUAAAAAUGAUCAAAGAGAUCUACUAGUGGCUUCUGUGCCUCUUGCAGUACUCGAUUCUGCAAUAUGUUGGUGGAUAUUCAGUGCUUUAGUAAAUACUACUCGCACUUUGAAAUUGCGCCGUAACGAAGUGAAAUUGUCGUUAUAUAGGCACUUCACAAAUACCUUGAUAUUUUCUCUUGUGGCUUCUGUUGUUUUUAUGCUUUAUUCUAUAAAAACUCACAGAUUGGUGAGUUGUUUGUCUGUUUGGAAGGAUUUGUGGCUCGAUGAAGCUUACUGGCAUAUCUUAUUCUCAUGUAUAUUGCUAGUUAUUAUGAUUUUAUGGCGUCCUACCAACAACAAUCAAAGAUAUGCUUUUGUACCUUUACUUGACACUGAAGAUGAUGAGGAGGAGGCUCAGUUAGUAAAUGAUGCAUAUGGGGUAAAAGUCCGAGUAAAUCACAACGCGAAUAAAAAUUUACUUAAGCGAGAAAAGUCAGUUGAAGAUGAUCUGGAAUGGUUACAGGAACAUAUUAAAAGUGAACCAACAUUAUCCAUUCUAGACUCGGAUGAAGAGAUAGUUAAUACCAGAUUUGAAGUUUCCAAAAUGCAGUGAAUUAGUUGUUAUUUUGUUGUAUUAUUUUUUCAUUACUUAUGCAUAGAGCUUUUUAAGAUUUUAUUGAAUGUACAUAUAUAUUACUAGAGUUUGUUGGAUACAGGCUUUCUAAUUCUGUCGUCCCGGAAGUAUUGAAUCAACUGUUUUUGAUGUAUUGAGUCGUAACAAGAACGUUGAUUAUUAUUUUAUUAUCACAUGUGAAAUUUGAGUAUAUUUAUUUUAUUUAUCAAUUGAAUCUGAUGUUCCUUAUUUGAGUAUUCAUUUUUUUUUUGAAACUAGAAGAAAAUUUCAGUUUUGUAUAGUUUUAGGAAUAUUCUUAAUGCUUUCCACAUAGUACAUUGAUAAUUUAUAAGAAUAUGGAUGUUCUUAUUAUAAAUUCUUCAAAAGAUAAUAAAUGUGUUUGCAGAUGUUUUAAUUUUA